UGGCGCCGCACGGCACACUUUUCCUUCUAGUACACUGUACUUUAGUGUAUGUAUAGGAUUACAAACCACUUGAAACUUCGGUCGAUGCUUUUUGCCUGCUUCUGCGUGGACGGAGGGGAGAAAGUAUGCAGAUCCGUGUGAUGGAGUUCUACUAGUGGUGAUGUUUCCGUUGUUUUGGUCGCCGGCGAGUGACACAUGAAGAGGCCACGGUUUCAGCGUAGCCCACGGGGAGGAUGCGUCGCUGGUGGUGGCACCUGUGCGGCGUCUCGGUGCUCUGCUGCUGGGUCGCUGUGUGCGAUGCGACGGCGCACGGGGGAGUGCAGCUGCUUUUUGCGAACCGCAAGGACAUCCGGCUGCUGGAGCUCGAUGGCCGCCGCGCUAAUGGCUCCCGAGUGCUGGUGGAUGGUCUGGAGGACGCAGCGGCAUUGGACUUUCUUUACGAGGGAGGUCUGGUUUUCUGGACUGAUGUGGGAUUGGAGGUGAUCCGACGUCGCUCACUGGAUGGCCUCACCGACCUCACCGUGGCCUCGAUGGGGGUGGUGUCGCCCGAUGGGCUGGCCUGCGACUGGGUGGGUCACAAGCUUUACUGGACCGACUCCGAGACAAACCGCCUCGAAGUAGCUGAGCUGGAUGGCUCACACCGCAAGGUUCUUCUUUGGCGGGAUUUGGACCAGCCGCGUGCCAUUGCAUUGGUGCCCACAGAUGGAUUGCUUUUUUGGACCGACUGGGGGGACGUGCCGAAAAUCGAACGAGCUAGCAUGGAUGGAAACCUGACCACUCGGAAGGUGAUUGUGCGUGAGGAUAUCUUUUGGCCAAAUGGACUUACCGUGGACUACGAGGCACGCAGGAUCUACUGGGUGGAUGCAAAGCUGAAGCUGAUCUCUUCUAUGGACUAUGAUGGUGAAGGCCGGGCAGUAGUCAUUCAUGGCUCCCUCUCACUGCCCUUUGCUCUGACGGUUUUGGGGGACACCCUCUACUGGACCGAUUGGCAGCUACGGGCAGUGCUGUCGUGCUCGAAGCAGACCGGGGCGCACAAGCGCACAGUGCUGGUAGGAGAGCUGGAUCCCAUGGACAUCCAGGCGUACAGUGCUCUGCGACAACCCAAGGGUGAGGGCUCCCAGUGUAGCUACAACAACGGUGGCUGCUCUCAUCUCUGCCUGGUGUCGUCCGAGGCGCCCUUCUAUAGCUGUGCCUGUCCAACUGGCGUGCGUCUUCUUAAUGACUCACGCACCUGUGCUCAAGGUGCAGAGGAGAUUCUACUUCUGGCACGCCGCAAGGAUUUGCGACGUAUCUCACUGGACACGCCGGAUUACACUGAUGUGGUUUUGCCUCUGCGAGGUCUCAAGCACGCCAUAGCGCUGGAUUAUGACCCAGUCGAAGGCCGGGUUUACUGGACGGACGACGAGCUUUGUCUGAUCCAGCGAGCAUUCCUCAACGGUACGGGCCAGGAGGCUGUGGUGACCCUCGAAGUGCAGCACCCUGAUGGACUGGCCUUAGAUGUGGUGGCACGCAACCUCUACUGGACAGACACGGGCACUGACCGCAUUGAGGUGGCCCGACUCAAUGGCACCGCACGCAAGGUCCUUAUUGCAGAGGGCCUUGCGGAACCUCGAGCCAUUGUGCUUGAUCCACCACAGGGGUGGAUGUACUGGACCGACUGGGGUCAGCCAGCGAAAAUUGAGCGGGCAGCCUUGGAUGGGAGCGAGCGCCGUGUGCUUGUCUCCACUGACCUUGGCUGGCCUAACGGACUGGCGCUGGAUGCACGAGAUGAUCGGCUGUACUGGGCGGAUGCACGCACUGACCGGAUUGAGAGCAGCCGUUUGGAUGGCUCAGACCGGAAGGUGCUGCUUGACAGCCAGCUGCCCCAUGUCUUUGGCUUCACAUUGCUCGGGCAGUACAUCUACUGGACUGACUGGCAGGGCCGAUCGAUAGAGCGGUUGCACAAGCACACUGGUGAGCGACUGGUGAUCUUGGACCAGCUGCCUGACCUGAUGGGAAUCAAGGCAGUGAGCGUGCAUGCACGUGCGGGCGAGAACAACUGUAGCCAUGCCAAUGGGGGCUGCUCCCACCUGUGCCUGCAGCGUCCUCAUGGGGGCCGAGUGUGUGCCUGCCCGACGGGGUUGGAGCUACGGGCCGACCUGCGCGGCUGCACGGUGGCCGAGGCAUUCCUGCUGUACGCGCAGCACAGCGACAUCAGACGUAUCUCGCUCCAGUCACGCCGCACUGACCAGAUUCCACUGGCAGGCGUGCGAGAAGUGGCUGCCCUCGACUAUGACGGCAAUGACGGACGCCUAUACUGGUCUGACAAAGCACUCAAACGCAUCAGUCGUGCUUUCCUCAACGGGAGCCAGCUGGAGUCAAUUGUUGAGUUUGGGCUGGAGCUGCCGGAGAGUCUGGCAGUGGACUGGGUGGGCCGCAAUCUCUACUGGGCUGACCUAGUCCUCAAGCGCAUCGAGGUGUCGCGGCUCGAUGGUGAGGCACGCCGCGUGCUGCUGUGGCAGAGACUAGACGUCCCACGUGCACUUGUCUUGGAGCCCAAGCACCGGUGGAUGUUUUGGAGUGACUGGGGAAUCAAGGACCCCCGCAUCGAACGUGCAGCCCUAGAUGGCAGCCAGCGCAAGCGCCUGACAAACGUUCAGGUGGGGCGUGUCAACAGUCUCACCAUUGAUCAUGCUGAACAACGCCUCUACUGGAUAGACAUAGAUUCCAACCACAUCGGGUGCUGCGAAAUGGAUGGGGAUCGACAGCGAGUGGUCGUGCCAGCGGCAGCAGCCCAGCGGCCAUUUGGGUUGACCCAGUACCAGGAGUACCUGUACUGGACUGACCUGGAAGGGCACAGCAUCGAGCGGGCUCUCAAGAGCACAGGUGCCAAUCGCAGUCGUCUGCUGGGACAGCUCAAGUACAUCGACGAUCUGCUUGUCUUCCAUACCUCCCGUCAAGCUGGCUGGAAUCAGUGCGCAGUAUACAAUGGGGGCUGCUCCCAUCUGUGCUUAGGUGUACCAGGCCAGCGGGGCUUUCAGUGUGCAUGUCCCACCCAUCAUUUGCUGGGGCCCAAUAACCGGACCUGCCAGCGUCCACCCAGCUUCCUGCUGUUCAGCCAGAAGUCCAGCAUUAGCCGACUUGGCCUGGAUGCGGAUGACUCUCCGGAUAUAAUGCUGCCCAUUCAAGGCCUGAAAAACAUUCGCGCUUUGGAAUUUGACUCGGUGGCAGAUUUCCUCUACUGGAUUGAUGGGAAGUCUCAUGUGAUCCGCCGAAGCCGGGACAAUGGAACACAGGUGACCACCAUGGCUGUCAGCACGGGUGCCCAUCCGUUUGCCCUGGCACUGGACCCGUAUGCGCGGCAGCUAUUCUGGAGCUGCAGCCAAGGCAACCUCAUCAACAUCAGCUCACUGGACAGUGGGCGUCCACUGGGCAUCUUGCUAGCCUCGGGUGAUGACCGGCCCAGGCACCUUGCCCUGCACCCACACCUGGGGGUCCUUGUGUGGACCAACCUAGUGAACCCUGCCUUGAUUGAGCGCUCGUUUGUGGAUGGCUCAGCACGUCAGACACUCGUGUCCAAAGAGCUCCGGCAGCCAGGAGCCCUUGCAAUGGACUGCCCUGAGGAACGCCUUUACUGGUCUGACCUUGAGUUGCAACGAGUAGAACAUAUUCACCUCACUGGGGAGCACAGGAAAGUGGUGCUGUCCAAUGUUCAAGCCAAUGGCCUGGCCGUGUUUGGAGAACAGCUCUUCAUCUUGGACCGGGCCGAACAGUGCAUUCUGCGCGCCCAUAAGCUUAGUGGCGCCGACAUGCGACCCUUGCAAGCACGGCGGCCGCACCUGAGUGCUCUGUUGACCGUGCAGCGGCGGCCGCCCUCCGAGACGGCACACCCAUGCACUGGUCACCGCUGUUCUCACUUGUGCCGCGCAGUGCGGGGGCGCGCUCAGUGCACCUGUCCCCCAGGACUGGUGCUGCAUGGUAGCAGCGACUGUGUGGCUGCGGCACGGUGUAAUGCCGAGCACGAGUUUGGCUGUGCCACGGGUGGCUGCGUGGCCAUGGAGGUCCGCUGUGACGGUACCAAUGACUGUGCCGACCGCUCGGAUGAACGCGACUGCCCCCCAGGCUGCGCACCAGGCACGGAGUUCCGCUGUCGCGAUGGUGGCUGUGUGCCCAAGCCACGGCUGUGCGAUGGCACAGCCGACUGCGCCGACGAGUCGGAUGAGCUGUGCUGCGGCGCCGAUCGCUUCGCGUGCCAUUCGCGAGACCAGUGCAUCGAUCGUUCACGUGUGUGCGAUCGGCGGCCUGAUUGUGCUGACCGUUCAGAUGAGCUUGUGUGCGAGGCCGUAAGCAGUGCCGGUCGCACGGCCACCACCACUGUGGUCCUGCUCAUCGUGUUUGGCUCACUGACGGUGCUGCUUGCAAUAGGCCUCUGCUGCUACCAGCAGCGCACGCGUACAGCACCUGCUGCCGCACCGCACGCCGCUGCCUAUCGUAUGCUGCCGUACCCAAAGCCACCGGUGGCCCCACCACCGUCCAGUACCGCCUCCAGCAAUGGCUAUCCGCGGGAGACGCUCAAUCCUCCGCCCAGCCCAGCCACACUGUAUGGUGGCCCCACGCCCUGCUCAACAGACGUGUGCGAUGACAGUGAACCGUGCCGGUGCGAUGACUCGCUCUAUGACUCUGACCCCAACCCACCACCGCCAACACCACGCAGCCGUGGCUGUGUCUCGGAUGCCAGCUGCCCUCCAUCACCGCUCAAUGAGCGGGCCUUUUGCCAUCCACCACCACCGUCGCCUGUGCCCGAGUCGGACUACUAAAUGUUGCUCAUUCUUGUACAAAGUGCCAUCUGAAGUAAAACAUCACAUGUGUCAUUUCUUGUGAUAGAUAGGACUUUUUUAUUUAGCCACACCAUGCAGAAAAAAAUGCAUGUAUGGCACCACAGGGUGCUCUGUAUAUAUUGCAUCUUACUCAGUUGUAUGUACAAGCAAACAGCGCAUCAGCAAAAAAGCACUACAAACAGGUGGUGGGCCUUUUUGGUUGUGCAUACCACGACCCCAUUUUGUUAAGGUGGUGUUUGCUAGGUAGUGCAAGUGUUUUUCCUUUUUUGUACAUGCGUUCAGAGAGUAAUUCAUUCUAUACGUGCCAAGUUUCCUGGGGGACUCCUGGAUUUCGGCUAUUUCUUGCGUUUGUACAGUUCGCUGGAAAUCUAGAAAUUGAAAUUUCUGUGUGUGACUUGGUCACAUUAACAAAAAUCCAACCCAAUUCGAUCCAGGCUUUUUUGUGAAACUAGGGUGGCUAGAAUUGCAAGGUGGUAUAAGCGUCCACGGUCCCCAAAGUGCACCAGCGCCUAAAGGGGUGCUGUACGCAGGACCAUGUGGCGAGAGGACUUGCCGUGCUUGAGGAACAUGGCUCAUGCUGUUUUUUGCGUGCUACUCUUUCAAACUCUUAUCGCAUUUUCUCAGCGUGUGCAAUAAUAAAGGGCUGAUUUCAUCCCCUUCUUUAAAAAAUAGCAUUGACAGUCAUUAUCAUGCAGCAGGCUGCAUACCAAGGAGCACUGCGCACUAGUAAUAUCGUUCGAGUUUCUUUCUUCCUUUUUUCGUGCUAUUUUGCUAAAUGCAAUUGUGCAUCUCUUCGACUUAUUAAUGUCAUAUUUAAUGCCUAUUCACAUUGUUAGAGACUUGUUUGCUCUUUAGGAAAUGUUACUGUUCCUUGCUGCUGGUCAAAGCGGCGUGUGCGUGAAGCAUGGCUGAACCACUGCCACUGAACUAACACAUUGUUGGUUCAUUUGUUUCUUUUAUUAUUGUCACGGGGUCAUGGUGCAGAAGAAGGGAGCAUACUGGAUGUUCAGAUUAAGCUUUUUAUUACUUUUAUUUUAUUUACUUCGCAAUACUGUCAACUCUCUUGCGAGAGUCCUUACAGAGAGGGUAACAUAAUAAUAAAGUAAAAAAAAGAACACCAUUAGCAAAUACACAAAUACAAGUCACAUCAAGAUCAAGCGGUACAUUUGUACAGAUCCAAGAUCUGUUCAAAUUUUGACAAGUCGGUCUGUUCAACAACACACACCAGCAAUUCAUUGCACAUUUCAAUUGUGUUAGGAAAGCUGUAUCUGAGCCUAUCGGUAUGAAUCCUGUACUCUUGGAAUUGCUUCUUGAGCUUUGUUUACCUGGCGGCGGUAAGUAUACUUCUUCACUAAUAUUUAGAUGAUCAUUUAGUAUUUGAAAUAGUAACUUCAGAUGAUUUUUCUACCAGCGCAUUUCUAAAAAAUGCAGUCCAGAAGAAUGGAACAUUUGUGUAACUGACUCUUUCCUUCGAUACCGGGAGGAUAUAAAUCGCACUGGGUACCUCUGAAUUUUUUCUACUUGUUUCUUAAAUAAUAUUGAUGAGGGCUCCAUACUACCGACGCGUACUGAACAAUUGACCUUAUACAGGUUUUGUAAGCAGAAAUUUUCACAUCGGCUGUUGCACCCUCUAGUUAUUUGUUUUUUUUCGCAGAAAAUAUAGCUUACCAUUUGUCUUUGAACAAACAUUGUAAAUGUGUACGUUCCAGGAUAAAUUUUGUGUUGUCGUUAAUCCUAGAUAUUUAAAUUCAGUAGUAUUUAUUGUCUACAAUGGUAUAAGAAAAUGAAAGACAGCACUUCUUUGAAGUAGUAUGUGUGUAUGUCAAUUCAGAAUAAUUAAUUUUCAUAUUUCAUUUCUUUGCACCAUUUUCUCAAUGCCUGUAAAAAGCUGUUAUUUUUUACUUGAUUUUCUUUGUUUCAUACUGUAGAAUAAAAUGACCAGUCAUCUACGAACAGU